UGAUCAGUCCGUUUGAGGAGUAUUUUUCCAAUUAUCAGAAAAAAUGCGUUUAUUGCUUAUAAUGAACGUUUUUUUAGCUGUUAACAGUCUGCGUAAGAGUUACGCGCAAGAACCAGCGACAAAAAGCGAGGAUUUGUGCAACACUUCGGAACCCAAGUGCAACUUAGUACUACCGUGGUCAACGGAUAGUCCUAUGGACCUGAGUCCAUUGAUUUCCAACUCCCCUUUCCAGUUCAGCGACUUUUCAAACAACAAGAUCGUCAUUUCCAUAUGUCGUGCUCUGCCAUCUGCAUUUUGUGGCGAACAAUCAACAACAGCUGGUGCAUGCGUUACGAUGAAAAAUAACGUCAAUGUAACCAUCCUUGCAGGAAUGUCCAGCUCUGAUAUUACGUGGAAUCAGGGUAAAUUGGGGAUUUUCUUUGAUCGACUUCCAGGAAGCAACAUGACCACUGAAAUAAUCUUCAUUUGCAACCACUUCGAGACAACGAUAGGAAAGUACAAGAUGACGUCAAACUUCCUAGCAGAAACCAUCCAUAUUACUUGGUAUACCAACGCAACCUGCUUAUCUCCGACUCCUUGGAUGAUUUACAAGCAAGACGCUUUCUUUAACCUAAGCUCUCCAAUGGAAGCAUCCAGGUUAACUUUUCUGCCAGUCCCUGUCACCAAUGAGACCUUCAUCUUUGGCUUAUUCCAAGCGAUACCUCCGUGGGAUGGCUGCGAAGACGGAGCAUUAGCAUGCCUGCAGCUGGCUACCGGAGGCGUUGGGCGUCAGGCUGGGUUGACGUUAGGCCGAGUGCAGCGAGGGCUGAGGGUGCUCGAGAAUAACUCCUUGGAGAUUCUCUACGUGGAUGGAGAUCUGUGCCCGGCUUGUCCUGAGCUUCGUCUGUCAACACGCAUACUGUUCGUCUGCACCAUCGGCGAGAAUGACCCAAUGCUGACCGGGAUGUCCAACAAUAGUUGCGAAAUGAACGUUGAGUGGCACACGCGCUACGCUUGUCCUAUCCAAUACUCGAGCCUCCUGAACGCCAAUGCCGUGGGCAACGACGAACAAACAGUAUUGAAUAACUUCACCAACUUUACGAACGUGCAUAUGAAUCCAAGGAUGAUACCAUUUGAAAAUAUAGGGAUAAAUUCAUCCCGGACUUCUUUCAACGUCCAGACAACGAGAGGUGGAAAUGCGAACGUCUCCCAAUGCCCGCCGGCCGAUUUCAAAAGUACUUGCAUGAAGGCGAUGAUAGCGUCAACGAUAUCAUCAUUCUUUCUUGGAGCGUUGCUCGCGUCGUGCAUCGUGUUCAUUUGGUAUUGCGCGACCAAACAAUCUCCUUGUGAUGUGAAUAAUCGCAGGGACCGGCAAGCCUGUACUGGAAAACCAAGUCGUCGCAGAACUUCCAAGAAUUGCCGCUCGUCUUCACUGAGCAGCAGGAGCGGGAGAAGCGCGUCUCUGGGAAGCCUGAGUAACCUGAGUUCCAGCUUUCGUAUGCAGGAAUGUGACGUUAACAUAGAGAUGGGUCUCCCUAGGGGUAAAUAUGAGUGCUCGAGGGCUGAAGCGCGGGCCAUGAGGCUUGCCAGGUCUUCGGCCUGGAACUCCAUGCCGUGGAGGAGGUCGAGUGACUCGGCCAAGUGUUAAGACUUGCGACGAAUUAUAGCACGUGAUUUUGGCAAUGAUUGUUCGAGAUCGACGCACGGGUUUUUUUAAUUAAUGCUUGUUCAAGACCGACGCGUGAGUUUGUCAAUGAUUGCUCAAGACCGACGCGUGAGUUUGUCAAUGACUGUUCAAGACCGACGAGUAAGUUUGUCAAUGCUUGUUCAAAACCGUUGAAUGAGUUUGUCAAUGCUUGUUCAAAACCGACGCAUGAGUUUGUCAAUGCUUGUUCAAGACCGCCGCGUGAGUUUGUUAAUGAUUGUUCAAGACCGACGCAUGAGUUUGUCAAUGCUUGUUCAA